CGCAGGGGCCCAAAGUGUAAGCGGCCCAAAACAAAGCUUUUCCACCUCCACACUCCCAGUUGAGAGACGGGAAAUUGCACUUUUCUGUACCCAAAUAACGAACAAAGUAGUUUCCAUAAGAACGUUGCAUUGAAAUGACUCCAGUACUUUUAUUCCCUUUAUUAUGGCGCCACAGACCGCUUCAUUCCUGCCCACUGGGGGGCGAUACAGUUGAGCUUUGCGGACCGCCUGAAAGAAGAAGACCCCUGCUUCCAUUGUACUUGACACCUUAUUUAUUUUUUAGGUCGUUUGUUGCCCAAAUAGCCCCCGUUGACCCCCCCCCCUCCAGUCGUACGCAAAUGGCCUUCGCUCUGCCGGUGUGGCUCGCGCUGCACGAGGAGCUCCUCGCGCACGGCGCGCCGGACUCCGCGGACCCUUUGGACGACUUCGACGACGACGCCCUGUUCCAGGCGUUCCACCUCACCAGACCCUGCAUCGCCUUCGUCGCGGACGCCGUCCGCGUCCGCAUGAAGAACAACGCGGCCUUCAGGAGCCCCGCGGCGGCGGCGGCGGCGGCGGUGUCGGUGGACGCGGCGGUCUUGGUGGCGCUCAACUAUUACGCGCACGGCGCGUCAUCCGCCGACGUGCUGCAGCGGGUGGGCCGGGGGCGCCUGGCGGACCCCCCGGCCCUCAUAUGCGGCGUGUCCGAAGUCGUCGCGGGCAUGGCCGACCAGUUCAUCUCGUUCCCGCUGCUGCGCGACGCCAAGCUGCACGUCGCCUCGCAGAUCAAGGAGGCGUGCGGGAUCCCGCACGCGAUCGGCGUGUUGGCGCCGGCCCACUUCCGGAUACGAGCUCCCUUACGAGAAGGAGGCUUCCGGUCCUUCGUCAACAGCCUGGGUUACACCACGGUGGUGAGCCAGGUCAUCUGCGACUCGGAGGGCAACGUGCUGAGCGUGGAGAAGUGCUGCGUGGGCGGCACGUGCGAGCAGGAAAUGUGGGAGACGUCGUUCAAAGGGAGGGAGAUGGAGGAGGAGCUGCACGGGCCGUAUUGGGUUAUUGGAGGAAAAGGAUAUCACUUAAGCAAACAUGUCAUGACCCCCGUGUCGGAACCGGCCAACGACAACGAGGUCCGCUUCAACGAGGCCCACGCAAAGAUCCACGACGUCAUGCGGACCACGCUGGGCUCCAUGAAGAGGCGUUUCAGGUGUCUGAUGCAACUCGGCUUUGCGCAGGAAUGCUCUUUGGACAAAAAGGCCGACGUCAUCAAGGCGUGCAGCGUGCUGCACAACAUCGCUAAGAAGUUCUCCGUCCCCGCCCCGCCCGCAGCCGGGAAAAUCGAGCCCCUGCACCCGGGCAACCAGAAUUCAGUGCCGUUCAACAUCGACCCGGAGGCCCUGCAGGCCAGACAGGAACUCAUCCAGCGCAACUUCUCCGUUGGCUCCGCCAGCAAGGACCCGCCAAGUAACGCGGGCGAGAAUUUGUGAGCAGAGAGAGAGAGAGAGAGAGAGAGCGUGCGUGCGUGCGUGCGUGCGUGUGUGUGUGUGUGUGUGUGUGUGUGUGUGCGUGCGCGCGCGUGUGUGUGUGUGUGUAUGUGUGUGUGCGUGUGCGCUGCAGGAAGCAAAGAACAGUACUAAAAAAGUAUUAUCCGUUGUUUUUAUGUAGUGCCGUAUUGUAUUUCUUGUACAAAGAGAAAAUCAGUAUUUUCUACACACAUUUUUUGUUUUUAAUAAAUGUAAUUUUAAAGUUUUUUCAUUCGACUGGAGGGUCAACGUAAUAAGAACAAUAACGAUGUAUAUUUUGUGGAUGGAGGAGCACACGUUUACAGGUUAAAUAAAACUGACCAUUCAUCUACAGUAAAUA